AGGUUUGCUACGCGAGCUCCGUAGGCCACGAGGCGCGGUCUCGUUCUCAGCUGGGCCGGGGGCUGCCGAACCUCUGCCGAGAGGGGCGGGCUCUGUGCUGCAGCGCCCAAUGAGGGGACGGGGGCGGAGCCUGAGCCUGAGGGGAUGCUGAGGGGAGCGAGGGGGGUCUCGUCUCGUCCCGCCGGGAGCUGAUGGAGGUGGCUGAGCCCUGCCUGCAGCCUGCCAAAGCCAUCAAACCCAUCGACCGCAAGUCCAUUCAUCGGAUCUGUUCGGGGCAGGUUGUGCUGAAUCUUGGCACUGCCGUGAAAGAGUUGGUGGAAAACAGCCUGGAUGCUGGAGCCACCAAAAUCGAUAUAAAACUUAAAGAUCAUGGAGUGGAACUGAUAGAGGUUUCAGAUAAUGGCAGUGGAGUGGAAGAAGAAAACUUUGAAGGCUUGACUCUGAAACAUUAUACAUCAAAGAUACAAGAUUUUUCUGAUCUGGUACAUGUUGAAACAUUUGGUUUUCGAGGUGAAGCUCUGAGUUCACUGUGUGCAUUAAGUGACGUCACCAUUUUUACCUGUCAUAAAUCUGCAAAGGUUGGGACUCGUUUGGUAUUCGAUCACAAUGGUAAAAUUAUUCAGAAAACUCCCUUCCCACGACAACAAGGAACAACUGUCAGCAUACAGCAGUUAUUUUAUACUUUGCCCGUGCGGCAUAAGGAAUUUCAGAGGAACAUUAAAAAGGAAUAUGCAAAAAUGGUCCAGGUCUUGCAGGCAUACUGUGUUGUUUCAAAAGGAGUGCGAAUUAACUGCACCAAUCAGGUUGGUCAAGGGAGAAAAAGCUGUGUGGUAUCAACUACUGGAACUCCUAGUUUAAAGGAAAAUAUUGGAGCAGUAUUUGGGCAAAAACAGUUGCAGAGCCUUAUUCCUUUUGUUCAGCUACCUCCUAGUGAAGCUGUUUGUGAAGAAUAUGGACUUAAUACUGAUAUGCCACAAAAUCUUUAUAGUAUUACAGGCUUCAUUUCUCGUUGUGAUCAUGGUGUUGGAAGGAGUACAGCAGACAGACAGUUUUUCUUUAUCAACCAACGUCCGUGUGAUCCAGCAAAGGUUGUCAAGCUUGUGAAUGAAGUUUAUCACUUAUACAAUAAACACCAGUAUCCAUUUGUUGUCCUUAACAUUUGUGUAGAUUCUGAGUGUGUUGACAUCAAUGUAACUCCAGACAAAAGACAAAUUCUGCUUCAGGAAGAAAAGCUUUUGUUAGCAAUUCUAAAAACUUCUCUGGUGGAGAUGUUUGGAAGUGAUGUUAACAAACUGAAUGUCAGUCAGAAACUUCUGGACAUUACAGGCAACUUGAGGAAGACAUCUCCUGAAGGGACAGAAAAGUCUCAGGUAGAAGUGCUGUCUGACUCUGAGACUGAAAAUCCAAGUGAUGAAGGAAAAAGAAUGACUCUUGCCAGAUUAAGGGAGUCAUUCUCUCUCCAUCAAACAACAGAGAGUAAAUUUCAAAGCCCUAAAAAGGUAAAACAGCAGCACAGCUCUUCUAGACAAACAUCACUUGAUACUACUUUGAGUUUUGUAAAAACUCCCAAGGCAAUCUUGAGUAAGAAGCCUGAGAGCUGUCAUAAGAUGGACUCAGAGAUCUCAGUUCCAAGCAGAUACUUAAGAAAAUUCAAAGAUAAUGCAGAUUCUGGAUUCUGUAGCACUUCUGAAUCAGAUGGUGGAUGUAGUACAUCAGAAGCUGGAAGCUGCAUCAAUAGUGAAAGUGUAAUUAAUCCUACUGAAGAAGAAUUCUGUGCCUCAGAAGAACAAGAAAAGGAAUGUCUUAAAAGUGUUGGUUGUAGUGAGAAAUCAUUGGAACAUCCUGUUCAGGUUUUGGGCAGUGAAUACAAGUCAAAUCAAGUGCAUGACUGGACUAAGCAAAAUAAGUUACCUCAAGAAGCCAAAAGCUCUUCCCCAAGAGCAAAAAGUUUUAAAAGCAGAAGCUUUAAAAGUGAAGCAGGUGACUUCAAGGCAGAUAAAUGUCCUGAAGCCAAGAAUGGCAAUAACUCUAUAGCAAGUGCUGAUAUACUUGUGGAAGUUAAAAAGAAAACUCUGCCACUGGAAUUUUCCAUGAAAGUUUUAGCAGAAAAGGUAAAAAAGGUAAUACAGCAAAAACAGAAGAGUGCAGAAAGACAAAGUUACAGAAGAUUUAAAGCAAAAAUUAGUCCUGGAGAAAAUAAAGUAGCAGAAGAUGAAUUAAGAAAAGAAAUCAGUAAAGAAAUGUUUGCAAAAAUGGAAAUCAUUGGCCAGUUCAAUUUAGGAUUUAUAAUAACAAAGUUAAAUUCUGAUCUUUUCAUAAUUGACCAACAUGCUACUGAUGAGAAAUACAACUUUGAGAUGUUACAACAACACACAGUUCUUCAAGGUCAGAAGCUGAUAGUGCCUCAAAAUCUCAAUUUAACUGCUAUAAAUGAAACUGUAUUGAUUGAAAACCUGGAAAUAUUCAGAAAAAAUGGGUUUGACUUUGUCAUAAAUGAAAAUGCUCCUGUAACGCAAAGAGUUAAAUUAAUAUCUCUGCCAACAAGCAAAUGCUGGACUUUUGGUCCACAAGACAUAGAUGAACUGAUCUUCAUGUUAAGUGACUGCCCUGGAGUCAUGUGUAGGCCCUCCAGGGUCAGACAAAUGUUUGCUUCUCGAGCUUGCAGAAAGUCUGUGAUGAUUGGAACUGCAUUGAAUGUGCAGGAAAUGAGAAAACUGAUCACCCAUAUGGGUGAGAUUGAGCAUCCCUGGAACUGUCCCCAUGGAAGACCUACUAUGAGACACAUAGUCAGCUUAGACAUGAUUUCAUCAGAAUAAGUUAGUUUCUGCUUAUCAACUUCUUAGAUUUUAAUUCGUGGCAACAUUUUGAACUUUUAUCGCGACACUCUGAUUUUCAGUAGAAGAAUUUUAGCCUGGCUUCAGAUCUGAAGACCAUAACACUUAAAGGCCUUCAGCAGGGUUUCAUCGUUAUUUUUAUCACCUCAUCAGUAGUGAUAUAUUGGAAUUCAUGUGUAAAUACCAUUUCUUUUAUUGCUAUUUACUGUAUUACUUAAUUUUUGCAAUGAAGACUUAAAAAAAAAAUCUAAAUGUUGAUAUAUAAACAUCAAGAGUAGGUGAACCACAUUUAUGGCAAAUUCACUGAUUCAUAAAGUUAAGUGGAAUGUUAAGUGUCUGGUAAUGCCAGGAAAUAAACACUAACUUUCCAUGUUUA